ACUCGGAAUAUGAAGUUAGCUGACUAUAAAUGUUGAAAGGUUCUGAGAAUCUCGCACAUUUUAUAUAAAAGUUCGAUAAUGUUUCAGAAAAAUCUUCCUCGAACAUUUUAUUUUCACCUUCUUAUAUCCCCAUAAUGAUUGAUAUUUUGUCAAAUGAUGGAAUUAAAAUCGAAUUUACAAAUUAAACUAAGCGAAUGAAAUGUCACAAUAGUUAAGUGAUAAAAAGAACAAGGAAAUGCUGUGUGUAAUGUAAUUCUGUGUUUGUGGAUAAUCAAUGCCUUGUUUUAGGGUGUGUUUUCAAAUAAUACAGAAACUUAUUUGUGCUUUUCGAAAAAUAAUUUUUUAAGAAAUCAAAUUCCGCAUGUAUCCUCCACUUUCCUGAACACAAUUUGAAAAAAUGCAGAAGAUUUUAUUUUCCAAGGAAAUGUUUGAUUAAAAAAAGAAGAAACGAAAUGAAAAGAAAAUGUUCAUCUCAUUUUCUGAACUUAUAAAGCUGGCGAAAAAGAAGGACUAUUGAAAUCUACCAUUUAAUUUUGAAAACAAAAACAAAAAAAUCAAUAUUAUUUGUUUCACUAACAACAGAGAAAAUACUCAUUAUAAAUGCAUCAGUCAUGAUCAAUAGCAAUUUGGAAUUAAGAGUGUAGUUAAAAGACCCUCCUUUCAAUCAGGUUCCACGAUCGUCGAGUGACUUUUCUUGGUAACCAUUUUCCAUCUUCUGGCCUUUGAUAGAACACUUUAAAAGACGUUUUUUGUAUUCUAAAUAAUGUAUUGGAAGCACUAACUUCUUAUGAUAAUAAGAAAUAAUUGAAAAAAAACUGAAAUAUUGAUUUCAUAAUUUCUGGAUUGUAGGGUAAAAAAAUAUUUUCCUUACAUUGUGACCUUAAAAAAGGAGACCUAACCUAUACACUCAACCACAGAGUUCUUACAAGCUCUCUACAUAUACAGAAUAUACAGGUAUUAUCACUAUAAAACAGGAGCAUAAGAAAAUGGAAUUCUACAUCGAAAUACUCCUUAACAUUAAGAAUGCUGUAAUUGAUGAUGAUGUGGACUCUUAUCAACGCGCUUUGAUGAAUUACAUAGAGAAAUCUAUGAAUUGUGAAGCAACCAAACAAUAUCAGCAAAAUGCUUAUGUAAAGUUAGGUAGUAUCAAUUUAAUAUGCCUCGCUUGUAAAUCGUCUGCAGUAAAAGUGCUUGAAUAUUUACUUAUGAAUGAAAACCAUGUAUGCAUUUUACCCUAUUUGACUAAAAAAUGUGAUGUUCUGCCUGAAGAAGAGGACGAGGAAUGCCACAAUGCCAUUUACUACGCCAUACGCUCAAAUAAGAAAGAGAUUCUUGAAAUCCUUCUUAGCAAAUGGUUGAAUGACUAUUUUCAAAAAAAUUCCGAUGGAUUAGAUGAUCUACUCUCCCAAGCAUUCAACGAUUUGACGGUCAGAAAUGUUUGUAUAGAUGAAGAAAUGAGGAUUUACGUAAAAAGCAAAUUAGCGGACUUCAGAUUUUUCGAUGAAGUUUCUUCUCAGAAGAAAAAUAAAGGAAAUGUUAUUGAUAUCCAAAACCUUAAAGAUCUUGCGAUAAUUCGAAUAGAUUCUGUCGUCGAAAAUAUCAUCAAUCUUGGAAAACAGUUUAGGAACAUGGAACCGAACGAACAAUUUAUACUUUCUUCGAAAUACAUUGCUAAAAAUAUCCAUAUGUUGAAAUCCUGUCUGAAAUGUGCAAGUAAAUUGCCAUGGGAAGAAAUCGAAUUUUGUUUAACUAUUUUCAUCCGUUCUUGUCAAAAUUGUUUCCAACAGUAUCCAUUGUACCAUUUCAUUAUCAAUAAAGAAAGAUUGCUAAUGCAUCUGGUAAACUUUUCAGAUAUAUUAAUAAAAUUGAAAGACAAAAUCAAACUGGUUGAUAAGUGUAGAUUUGGAAUGUUAGUGAUCGAUGAAAUAGAAAAUAUUGAAAAUAUUGUAGAUUUUAAGGAACUGCACGAUGACUUCAGGCUAGUUAGGGACCUGUACUCUCUUGAGAAAAUAAAAAGUUGUAUAGAUUUGGCCAUGUCUGCUAACAUCACCGAAAAAUGUGACCAAUUAGUCAUUGUUAGGGCUCUGCAAGUCAUCGGAGAAUGCAUGAAAAGUACAACAGAUUCCCCCAAUUUAUCUACGGAAACAUACGAAUUAUUGCUAUCCUUUCUACCUGAUAAUAUAAAGGAAGUGAUCACAAAACUGAGAGAUGAUUUAUCUCAUGAAGAAUGUCUUUUCGUAAGAUAUGGGAUUGAAAUGAGCGAACAAAAUGUUUUCCAAAGAAUUCAAUCUGACAUCACUGAAAUGAAUCUAGCAGUUUCUGAUAUUCUUCUUAGAAAGAAGACCAUGAUCGUUAGAAAAAUAUUUAGUAAACUGAGAGAUAGUAAAGACGUUGACGCUAUGAAAUUAUUUCUCACGCAACAUCACAUUUCCGCGAUUUCGUUGCAGAAAGAACUAAUAGAAGCGCAAAAUUUAAACCUAAGCGGCAUCGAGCAGUUAGAAAACUUGGUCUUGGAAUUAAAGAAUGAGAUAAAAAAUCAAAUCAAUAACUCAAUAAAGCUUUUUCGCCGAAUUCAAGAUAUAGUUCAAAUGGCUUGUGCGGAAAAGGCAUCCGAUGCAAACGGUUCAUUUGAGGGUUUUAAAUCUUAUAUGCCCUCUGACCGUGAAGAAUUACUGAAAAUUUAUUCAGAUUUCGGAUCUAUCGCUUCAAAUUCUCUACAAACUGAAAUUGGACCGACAGAUAAAGGCUUAAGAGUAAUAACAAAAUUUAACAUGCCUGAAAACGUAGAAAAAUAUCGAGAAAUUUUCAUUAAAAUUUUAGACAAAUAUAGAUUAAAAACAUUGUUGUAUUUUCUUCAUAAAAUGAAUUGUUUUUUAGAUUUUUCAGACCUUUCACACUGUAUUCCGGAACUGGAAAGAAAUAUAGAAGCAAUUUCUAUAGAAAAGGAUGAAAUAAAAAAUUUUAAAAGAAUGAUUACAAAUUUGAGAACUGACUGUGAUAAAAAAGCAAAUCGUGUUGAAGAAAUGUUUCUGGAAGUUCAGUCUUUAAUCCAGAGCGAAAAAACUAAUUUCAAACAUACUCAGAAUACAUACCUUGAUUCUCUUAAAAGAUUAAUAUCAAUAAUUCAGUUUGAUAAUGAAGAGUAUUCUCAAGUAUUAGAAACACGUAUGCUUGAUUUUCAAGAAAGAUUUCAAUCUCUGGCAUUACCUCAGCUUUCAAAGAAAUUCUCAGAUAUGUUCCAAAAGAUUACUUCGGAGUUGGUGAGAGAAAAUUUUGCAAGAGGAAUUCCUUUCUUGACCGCUCUAUCGAAAAUACAUAUUUUUUUAGAAUUCCGCCUUGGUAAAACUAAAUGGAUUAAAGAAUUCAAACAAAUCCUUCAAAACCAGGAAGAAAAUAAACUUCAAAAAUCCCUUCAAAAAAUACCUAAAAGUAAAAAAUUAAAACCUUUGUUGUCCGAUAAACUCUCUUUACUUGAACAGAUUGUUAAAGAAUAUCAUGAAAAUAAACAGUUCUUUCAAAAAUCACAGUGUUCACAAAAGAAAUUGAAAUUGCUAUCUAUUAUUGAGAUGUUAACAUUAGAUUCCUUUAGUAUUUUAGGAUGCAAAUCCUUACCAAAUCGCUUAACUCAUAACGCAUUCUUUUUAGAUAAAUAUUAUCCAGUAAUAAAUGGUAAGAAUUUGCGCAAUCAUUUAGCGCAUGGGAAUGCUUUAGUCAGCAUUGUGUUAGAAGAUGAAUGCGCAGAUAUCCUUUUAAACGCAGAAAAAAUGAGAACUUAUGAUUUACUGAAGUCGAAACAAGAGAUAGGUAAAAAGGUGAAAAAUGAUCCACAAAUGAUAAAGACUUGUCUUGAUACAGACCUCUCCACAGUCAGCCAGCAACUAAAGCUUUUUGCUGCAUUAUCCGAAGGUAAAAAGGAAAAAGUGAAAGACUACAUUAGUAAGGGAGCUGAUGUCUUUGGAAGAGAUAUGCGCUCGCAAACAUCUUUGCAUUUUGCUGCCAAAGGACCUUGUUUAGAAACUGUAAAGUUUUUGUUAAAAUUUAAUCUGGAUGUUUACGCUGUUGAUUUUAAUCUUCAAACGGCUUUACAUGUUGCAUCAUCGAAUGGAAGGCUUGCUACAGUAAAAUAUUUGGUUCAAGAAUUAAAUUCAUUAAUUAAUUAUAGAGAUAUAUGCGGAAGAACACCUUUGCACCUCGCAUCUAUUAAUGGACAUACUGAUGUUGUAAAAUAUCUUUUAAAAGAUGGUGCUGAAAUGUCAUAUAAAGACCUCUUCGGGAAUGCUGCGCUUCAUUAUGCUAUCAUCCGCAACCAUUUAACUAUUGCCAGCAUACUUUUGGAAAAGAUUGUUGAUGCUAACAAAACUUUUUUCGGAGAUACGGCACUACAUUUAGCAUCAGGAAAAGGGCAUAUGAAUUUAGUUAUCACUUUGCUGGACAAAAUAUCUGUCAAUUUUAGAUCGGACUUGAAGUUUACUCCUUUGCAUUACGCAGCGAGAGGAGGCCAUGCUGAUGUUGUGCAACUCUUAAUAUCAAAAGGUGCUGAAGUUGAUGCAAAAACUUUGAAAGGAGCGACGCCCCUCCAUUUAGCAGCAGAAAAAGGUCAUAAUACAGUAGUUGAGAUAUUAUUACAGUAUGGAGCCGACAUAAAUGCAACCGACUUUAAUGGCUUUACCGCUCUGUGUUUUGCUGUGAAAGGUGGAUUUUUAGCCACAUCGAAAUUUUUACUGGAAAGGGAAAUGGUUGUUGAUAGUGUUAAAAAUUAUAUAUGGGAUCCAUUAGAUUUCGUUGUCGAAAUAAGAAGAUAUUUUUUAAGGAUAUCCAAACCUUUACUGGGAAAGGAUAAAAUCGCUGAUGGAAUUAAAAAUUCUUCGUAUAAGCCCUUAAUUUUGGCUGCCCAAUUCGGUCACUAUGAACUUGUUGAAAUACUGUUACAUCGAUGUAAUACAAGUUCUAAGCUUUCGGCUCUGCAUUGGGCAGCUUUGAAGGGUCACCUGCGCAUCGUGGAGUUGCUGAUAAACAAUGAAAUAAAUGCAGAAUGUGAUGAUAGUGGAUGCACUGCAUUGCAUUUGGCUGCGUAUGAAGGACACACAGAGAUUGUUAACUUCCUCAUUUCGAAGGGGUAUAUUAAACGAAUCAAUUCGAAAAUCGGGAGGAAUGAACUUGAGAAGAAUUCGAAUUGUGAAGUCCAAGAUAAUACUGUAUUAUUUAUCAACGGUACCAACGAUUUUGAUGAUGUGUUAGAAUUUUCCGGUACAACAGCUUUGCAGCUUAGUGCUUUUAGAAAACACAAAGACAUUGUGCGAUGUCUUUUGAAAAAUCAAGCUGAUAUCUACAUCAAAGACGACAUUGGUACAACACCAUUGCAGGCAAUUAUUGUAAAUGGCAUGGCGGAUAUUCUUAUUGACGAAAGCAUAUCUAUUAAUUUCACAGAUUGUGGUGAUUCAAGUCCUUUAAUGUUGGGAACAUCACAAGGUGAUCUCAUGUUCGUUGAAUAUUGCAUUGGAAAGGGUAUUCAUAAAGGGUGUGUGGAGGAUGCUAAAAAUAAGGCUCUAGCUGUAGCAGUUUAUUUUGGUCAUGAGGAUGUUAUGAAUUGUUUAAUUAAAUAUGGGGCAUGUGUAAAUGCAUCAAGUCCUGACGGCUUUACCCCUCUAGACUUAGCAGUAGAAGCAAAAAGAUGGAACAUAGUGAGAGUUUUAAUAGACGAUAAAAAAGCGGAAAUGAGUGUGCAAAAAGAAAGAAAAUAUUUGCUUUCAGCCAUCAAAAGCGGACAUGAAGAUAUUGUGGAAUAUUUUUUAGCUAGACACCCUGAAAACGGUGCUUCGAGUCUUGAGUGCCGUGAAUUUCCUCUCCAUACAGCAGUACAGUAUGGCCACCUGAAUAUCGUGAAGAAAUUAUUAGAAUUAGAGAAAAGGACCGACAUUAAUGACACAAAUGAAAACUUUGCAACUCCACUCCAGCUUGCAUCAGGACAAGGCUAUAGUGAAAUAACUCGACUUUUGAUAUUAAAUGGUGCUGAUCCGAAUGUACCAGACCACAACCCACCACUUCAUCUAGCUGUUGCAAAUAGCGAUUAUGAAAUGAUUGAAGUGCUAAUCGAAGCUGGAGCGAAUGCCACGUUGGGAGACGAAGAUGGCAUUUCUGCCAUUGGAUUAGCAAUUAAGUGUAAGAGUCUGGAUGUAAUGGAAACACUUUUGGAGCUUUCAGAAAUCGAUAUUAAUUUUAAAGGGGACAAUGAUCGUACUUUUUUGCAUGAUGCAGCUGUAUCGGGAUCUUUACAAAUAAUCAAAAGUUUAAUUGAAAAAGGAGCCGCUACUGAUGCCAGAGAUUCCACAGGUGUCAAACCUAUACAUAUGGCGGCAAAGGAAGGGUAUCAGGAUAUUGUGGAGUAUUUUCUAGGCGAAGGAAUCGAUGUUGGCGAUAUAGGAGAGAAUGGCUGGUGUUUACUGCACUAUGCAGCGGCUGGGAAUCAGACAGAAAUUUGCGAAUUUCUCCUCAGAAAUGGUUUGAAUGUUAAUACUGUUGAUGCGCAUGGCUGCUCUCCUCUCCAUAUAGCAGCGCAACUGGGUAAAACAGAAGUUUUUCAUAUUUUGCUUCGUUAUGGGGCUUAUUACGACUUUCUUAAUGAAAGAAACGAAACUCCACUGAAUGUUGCAAUGGCUUCGAGUUCAACCAAUAAUUUUCCUAUUAUAGCUUCUUUGAUAUUUAUUACAAGUUUAUUUUCAGCAGUUGAGAAGAAGGAUCUUCGGAAGGUUCGAGCUUCACUGAAUGAACUGUUGAGGCUUUCAAAAAUGAAUUAUAUUGAUAUAAAAAAUGCCGAAAACAUUUCCCUUCUCAACUAUGCGGAACAGAAAGGCUGUGCAGAAAUCGUGGACUUUCUCUUGAAAUGCAGCGUGGACGGAAAUGAUAGACCAUCAAAUCUCAGUAUAAUUAAGAGUAUACUGAAGGUAUUAAUUAUGAGUACUAUCGUAUUAAUUAUGAUUUUUUUCUUUCGUAUUAUUUUAAUAUAUCAAAAUGCCUAGUAGUCUUUACUUUUUAAAAUGAAAUAUAAAAUUAAAAAUGGACUUAAACAUUUUCCUUAAUUGCAAAAAUUAAUUUAUAAGUAUAAAGUCAUAAGUAUCCAGUGACGCAACUUCUCUAAAAUCUUGGAUUAAAAUAGAUUUUUUUUUGAGAUAUUCUUUUAUUAUUUAACUGUAACUAAACGCUGAUGUCAUAAAAUUAAAAAAUACAUAUUUGUUUGUUUUAUUUUAUGUGAUAAUGGUAUUGGUCACUCUUUAAACAAUAAAUUGAGUGCGCCAGAGGUGCAUUCAAUUGACUUGUGUAAAAGCUUUUAAUUGAUUGAUUAAAAGAUCAAUCAAUUAAAAUUGAUCUGAUCAAUUAAAUUGUUUAAAUUGAUCUGAUUUUUUAUCUUUUUUUUUAAUUUUUGAUCUGAUCAAUUAAAUUGAUCUGAUUUUUUAAAAUCAUUUUGUCCACUUUCACAUAUGUUUGCAUAAUUACACAAAAUCAUUUGGCAUGAAUAUGCUUAUGCUGAUGCCAGUUUUUUUUCCCUUAUUUUUUCAGAAUUCUUUUGAUUUAUGAUUUAUGACAAGAUUUAUGCAUUUAAUUUGCCAGUUCGACAAAAUUAUCUUUAGUAAUUUUUUUUUCUUGGAUUUGCAAGCAUAUGUGUCAAAUGAUCGCAUGUCCCAUAAGAUUUUGUUGAUCACUUUAAUAAACGCAAGGGUAUUUGACUUUUAUGUCUAAAAAAUUAAAAUCAGCGAUAUCAAAUCAGUAUGGUCUUCUGAUUUGACAUUGACCUUAAAACUUUACAACAAUAAUAGCUAAAGCAAUCCACUCUUUUGUUUGAUGUUCUGUCUCGAAUUUACGAUAGAGUAAAUCAGCAUCCAAUUAAUGCUUAAGAAAGAUAUGUAUGAUGCUAAGAUUCUAGUCAUUGUUUGUUGUUUUUAUAUUUUGUGAUUGUGAUACGAUUUAAUUUUGAAUUAUUUUAUAUAUUCGUUGUAUAUACUCAUAAUUAUGUUUAAAUUUCAAGGAACUACUAAGGAAAAAUUGAAAAUUGAAACUCUCUUUUUGAAAUGCUGGUUACUACAUGUAUUUUAUAUAAUUCAUUUAUUGCUAUGUAUUGUGUGAUUGAUAAUUCUCUUUUAUAUGAAAUAUUGAUUACGUAUUUGUCUUUUUAACAUGAUUAUGUUUAUAGACUAGCAUUCUAUAUCUAAAUUGCUGAAUUAUAAUGAAAAAAAAAAACAUUCAAAAUUCUUUUUAGAGCAAAUCUUUUUAAAUAAAGCUGCUACAUAUAGCACAUAGUUACUUCUUGGAUAAGAUGUUCGCCAUGAGAGAAGAAUUAAAUAAUUUAAUUAAAUAAAAAAUAAUUAAUUUUUAAUAAAUUUAAUUUAAAACAAUUUUAAUUUAAUGUAAUUGGAAUUUUUAAAAAAUAAAUUUUUUAUAAAUGUAAGCUACAUUUUUUUAAAAAAAGUAAUUCAUUAAAUUUAUAUUUAUGUGAAAUGAAUAUCAAAGUAUCCUAAAAAUCCUUAAGGGGUUUUCUUUAGUUGCUUUGGUGAGAAUGUCUUUAAUAAUGUUUAUAAUAGAUAUAUAAGAUAAACUGGUAGAGAUAUAUAGAGAUAAACUGGUUUAUCUUCAUAUUUAGUGAAGUGUAGAUUAUAGAUAACUCUUGUUUAAAAUUGUCAAAUCACUAGUAAAAAUUUCUGUGCAAAUUCUGUGAUUUGUAUGUUUGUGUUUUUCUUUUAAGAAAAUGGUUCUUAUAAAAAGGGGGAAUGUACACCUGUGGGCGAUUUGUUUAUUUUCAUGUACAUAAUAAAUACAAAAAAAAAAAAAAAAUCUGUAGUUGGUGAAAAGUUCGAACUGAAGAUUUUGUCGAAUCGCCCCAAUUCAGAUAGAUAUCCCUGAAACUGAAAAAUGCUAUUCUUAGAAUUAUGUCUGUCCGUCUGUCAAUGGAUACGAUCACUCAAAGACGCUUUGAGGGACGAAUGAAAUCCGAAAUAGUAUCUUUUCACCAAAUUUUAGAUUUCUGUCAAAUUUAAUAAAAUUUUGCUGUACUUAUGAUUGAGAUUUAAUUUAAAAAUGAAGCAAAGUUUGAAAGUAUUCCUAUUUUUAAACACUGUUUGUUUUUGUUAUGAUAUAAUAAGAUAAAAACAAAAAAUUAGGGAGAUGUGUAGAAUAGAAAUGUGUAGAAUUAGGGCAAUGAAUAGAAAUGUAUAAGGCUUGUAAAGUAGUGUACGUUGUAUGUCUAUCAAAAUUUGAGAUUUAAGAAAUUUUGUUGAAUAUGCGAUUAAGACCAAGUUACAUGAAAUAUUUAAUUGAAAUUAUUAUUCCAGUGAAUUAAAUGAUCGCCAAAGACAGUUAGACAAAAAUACAAAUUAUAAAACUGAUGUCAGAUUAAAGACAUCGAAUAAUGCAAAGGGACAGAAACAAUUUUUAAAGCUAUUGCUCAUUAAUUAUUUCUUCUGUUUCUUAAACUAAUAGAAAUGAUAUAUUAUUUAAAAUCAAAUAAUACUAAAUGAUGAAGUAAAGAACUUUGUCUUUGAAGUACACAUUUUUGUGAUAAAUAUUUAUUUGUGUACUUUAUAACUAAAAUUAAAAAAAAAAAAUUACAAAUAAAAGAGAAUUUGUAAGAUAUUUUAUCAAGCUAUGUUAAAAAAAAUACUUGCUAAAUUAUUUAUGCUAAUUGUCUUUAGAGAUUAGCUUGUUCGUUGAAGAUAUUGAUAAUGUUUAAUUUAAGUUAAAUCGUUUAGAUAUAGUGUCUUCAUGUUCAUGAAGUUAUACUAGAUAUAUUAAAACAAUGUUAUUUUAAUUGUCUUUCAUUGUUAUGCAUUCAACUAAUGCUUAAGAAAGAUUGCUAAGAUGCUAGUCAUUACUUGUUGUUUUUAUAUGUUGUGAUUGUGAUACGAUUUAAUUUUGAAUUAUUUUACAUAUUCAUUGUAUAAACUCAUAAUUAUGUUUAAAUUUCAAGGAACUACUAAGAAAAAACUGAAAAUUGGAACUCUGUUUUUGAAAUGCUGGUCACUACAUGUAUUUUAUAUAAUCCAUUUAUUGCUAUGCAUUGUGUGAUUGAUCAUUCUCUUUUAUAUGAAAUAUUGAUUACGCAUUUGUUUUUUUAGCAUGAUUAUGUUUAUAGACGAGCAUACAAUCUCUAAAUUGCUGAAUUAUAAUGAAAAAAACCCCAUCCAAAAUGCGUUUUAGAGCGGAUCUUUUUAAAUAAAGCUGCUACAUUUAGCACAUAAUUACUUCUUGGAUAAGAUGUUCGCUAUGAAAGGUGAAUUGAAUUCU